CGCCGCACCGCUCCGGGGACGCCCGGGGCUGCCGCCGGCUCGGGGCGGCGGACGAGAGCCCCCGCCGCCCGCCGGCCACCCCCCCCCCCGCCGGAGAGGAGUCAAAUCCGGCUUUUCGAGCCCGGGGAGGGUGGGGAUAUCCGGUGCCUCUCCCGCGCCAGGAGGAAGGGGGAGGGCGGAGAGGAUCCUUGGCCAGUCUGCGCCGAGCAGAUUCAAACCAAAACAAAAAGAUUAAAGGAGCAGCGGCCGGGGCGGCAGCGGUCCCCAGGCCGGGACACCCGGGGCGGCGCGCCCGGGUUCGCGGGGGCUGCGCCGGCGCCUGGGAGGCGGGGGGAGCGCGAGCGGGCGUCGCGGGAAAGGGGGAGCCGGGGGAGGGCGCCGGCCGGAGGAGGGGCGGACCCGCCCGCCCGCGCCGAGCACAGCCGAGCCGAGAGGCCCGGGCGGGGCCCGACCCCGGCCAGCGGCGGCGCAGAGCGCGGGCGGAGGCGCGGGCAAUGCUGCGGCUGGUGCCCACCGGGGCCCGAACCAUCGUGGACAUGUCGUACGCCCGCCACUUCCUGGACUUCCAGGGCUCCGCCAUUCCCCACGCCAUGCAGAAGCUGGUGGUGACCCAGCUGAGCCCCAACUUCCGCGAGGCCGUCACGCUGCGCCGGGACUGCCCGGUGCCGCUCCCCGGGGACGGAGACCUCCUCGUCCGGAACCGAUUUGUUGGUGUUAACGCAUCUGACAUCAACUAUUCAGCAGGCCGCUAUGACCCCUCAGUUAAGCCUCCCUUUGACAUAGGUUUCGAAGGCAUCGGGGAGGUGGUGGCCCUAGGCCUCUCUGCUAGUGCCAGAUACACAGUUGGCCAAGCUGUGGCUUACAUGGCACCUGGUUCUUUUGCUGAGUACACACUUGUGCCUGCCAACAUUGCAACUCCGGUGCCCUCAGUGAAACCCGAGUAUCUUACCCUGCUGGUAAGUGGCACCACCGCAUACAUCAGCCUGAAAGAGCUCGCAGAACUGUCGGAAGGGAAAAAAGUUUUGGUGACAGCAGCAGCUGGGGGAACGGGCCAGUUUGCCGUGCAGCUUUCAAAGAAGGCAAAGUGCCAUGUGAUUGGAACGUGCUCUUCUGAUGAAAAGUCUGCUUUUCUGAAAUCUCUUGGCUGUGAUCGUCCCAUCAACUAUAAAACUGAACCCGUAGGUACUGUCCUUAAGCAGGAGUACCCUGAAGGCAUCGAUGUGGUCUAUGAAUCUGUUGGGGGAGCCAUGUUUGACUUGGCAGUAGAUGCCCUGGCGACCAAAGGGCGCUUGAUAGUCAUAGGGUUUAUCUCUGGCUACCAAACUCCUACUGGCCUUUCGCCUAUUUUGAAAGCAGGAACAUUGCCAGGCAAACUGCUCAAGAAAUCUGCCAGCAUCCAGGGCUUCUUCCUGAACCAUUACCUUUCUAAGUAUCAAGCAGCCAUGGGCCACUUGCUCAAGAUGUGUGUGAGUGGAGACCUGGUUUGUGAGGUAGACCUUGGAGAUCUCUCUCCAGAGGGCAGGUUUACUGGCCUGGAGUCCAUAUUCCGUGCUGUCAAUUACAUGUACAUGGGAAAAAACACUGGAAAAAUUGUAGUUGAAUUACCUCACUCUGUCAACAGUAAGCUGUAAAAACAGAACAAUGACAUAAAUCAAGGGGGAAAGAAAAUGGGUACUUACGUCUCAGAAUUACUCAAAUCAAUUUAUUUUUAGUUGGUAAUGGAUAUAAUAUUUCUUAAAACAAAAGUAAGGUGUUAAUGAAUAGGUCUCUCCUUCUCGUCUUCCUCCUCCUCCUCCUCCUCCCUUGGGAAAAGAAAUGUGCUAAUAAAACUUCCCUCCAUGGCUAAGAGGCAAAACGUUUACAUUCAGUUCUUUAGUCAUGGAUGAUCUCAUUCCAGAUUUUACUAUGCCAGGGAACUAAAUUAAUUCCUGAUGCCAGAUCUGAUCGAGUCAGUAUGUCUUCUUCAGCUUGAUGAGAUUUUAAAAUCAGCUUUGAAAGUGGUUCCUGAAUUCUUCUUUGCUUUGGGAGAAUUUGGUCUUAUGCUAAUAAGCAGUUCAUGGGUGAGAAGUGCAGCAGAAGCCAGCCAUAUAUUUUCAGAAUCUGUAUCCUCAGGAAAUGGUCCUUUUUUUUUUUUUUUUUUUUUUUUUUCUAUAAAUCACUGACCAACUAUCUAAAUGGAAAUUUGGGGGAAUUCCCUUCCAAAUUUGAUUUUGCUAUUUAGAAAAAUGAUUCCAUGAACACAGAUGUGUUUUGAAGAAGUAUCACAUAAUGGCUUUUAUCUUCCAUCAGCCUGGGAAGGCACAUGUGAACUGGAAAUGUUCUCUUUCCUCUGAAGCAGCAAAUUAAUAUUGAAAACUUACAUAGACAGAAAGUAGGUUUUGGAAAGGGAAACCACAGGCAUUAGGGGGACUUAAAAUUAAUAUAGGCACAGGAAAGAGAAAAGCAUGCAUUCCAUUCACAGUGAGCGUUUGCCACAAAACGCCGUCCUGGGAGGAGGUGCUGUGGAGGCACACCACACUGAAAGGCCUUGGUGACCGUGUGCUCCACUGCCCGAGGCAGGGUGUGUCUCAUCGCCCUGCGCACAGUAGGCACCUCAGUUAUCAGAAUACAUUUGCUUCUCCUUGGAGGCUUUCAAACUAAAAGCUAGGUGUUACUUCUGAUUCUGGAAACAGAAUAGCAGCCACUCAUUCUGCAUUCCCAUUUCCCUGUCCACACGUUCUGGUGGAAUGAGAUGCUCCUUGGCAUGGUAGCCUGAUGUCCCACACUUACCCACUGACCACACAGGAAAAGCAGCAAAACCUGCGCCCUCUCUUCUGAAUCAUGCCUGUGGCUCACCUACUUCCCUCUUAACCUUCAGUGCCCUGAAGACUGCUGCUGCUGUCACUGUCGCACUGACAUCCCACGGUGCCCUUCUAAUUGAAGGUGAAGCCCACCAGAUUAUUUUUCAAAGUCUUAGGUUUCGGUGUAUCUAACCUGCUCAAUAAAUAUGGAUGCAAUUAAAGACGCUCCAGGAAAGUUGGGGACUGUAUUUUUCUUUCCUUCCAUCUGAGGAGCCAGGAAAUCCUACUGCUGAAUAGCUGUUAGUAUCUAUUUUACAAGAUUUACUCAUUUUCAGGUACCUAAUGUAGCUGCUAGCAUGCAUGCACAACAAUACAAUUUAUAUGGUAAAUGGAACCAAAUAAUGGCUUCACUGAAUGUUAUGGCUGCACUGAAGGGAAAUGUCACGGUAAAUAGCUGCCAAAUUAUGGAUCAUGCCGAAGUGUCACAACUGCACUAAAGACAAAUAGCACUAGAGGCUAUUGCCACUGUGACGCUUUUGAGUUAUGAAGAAGGGUAGCAGCCUGAUGCGAGGCUCUUUGUAUCCUCAUUAUAGCAAAGGGUUACUGGUGCAGGGGACUCGGAAAGCCUGUCCAGGGUGGUGCUUAGUUAUUCAUCUGUCCCUUUCAGACCUAACAGCCACAGCAACACGGGAAGAGACUUUGCCUGGCUUUUACAUUUGCAAACAAACAAAGGAGGGGCGGGGAGCAGGUUUAUGAAUGUAACUCUGUGCAGGAAAUGACUGGUAAUGGAAAAAUGCUGUAAUAAAAUAAUCUAAUCAAAGAAUAUUAUUAAAUUUCACGUAGUAUAUGUCCGAAAGGCUUAGUUGCUUCUUAUGCAGAUAGAUGUGUGAAAUCUAAGCAAUAAUGUACUUUCUCCCUUUGUAAAGACUUGGGGAGUAAGGACAUUACCAACUAAAUUGCUUCUUCAAAACUGAAGUGAGUCCCGGUUUCUUUCAUUUUAAUGGGAGGGUAAUAAAGAUGAAAGACCAACAUUUUAACUGAUGGAUCCCUUAAGCUACAGAAUAGAAAUUUAUUAUGUUUUAAGGAAAUACACUAAAUUCAGCUAUGUAAAAAUAAAAUUCAGACACCCAGGAUUAAAAUAAAAUAUAAUCUGAAAACCUCAUGUUCCCUCUUUCCCCAAACUAAGUAAGUGCACCGCAUGCUGUUUUCACUUAUUCUUAGAAAACAAGCAUGAAAGAUUCCGCCCAUUCAGAUAAUGCCAAAAAUAUGUUUAAACUUUUUUCUUAUUCUUUUGAAAAAUGAUUUGUAAAUUGAGGGUCAUAGUUCAGCAUCAGUUUCAUCUUCUGGGAUUAUUGUUCAAGACCAGCGUCUAAUGGGAGGUGAAAUGGUACGAUUGUCUCAACACCUUUCUUCUGAACUGUAAUACAUAUCACAAAAAGUACAUCCAUAAUUCAGGGCAAUUGUCAGUCUUUGUUUUAGAGAAGGGGCCAGGGUGGAACAAUCCCAGUGGAUAAAUUAUUUCUCAGUGUGGACUUCUCUGCAUGUCGGGCUUAAGGUCACCAGCCGGGCAGGGUGGAAGGAGCUUGCCUCUUGAGAAACCAAGGAGGCCCAGUGAUCUGUUACCAUUUGGUUAUGACUUCUAAAGAGCCAAAUGCUCUUCCUUCAAACCUGUUUUGCAGGCAGAAAAUACCAACAGUGUCACCUGAGGUCCCUUUGAUGAUGACUAGUGCUGUUCACUGACUUCACCAUCAAAAAAAAUUUUUCAGGGAAUAGUUUGCAAAGAAAUGAAGGAAGUUUUGCAUGAUGUGUUCUAUAAAUUGUCAUUAUAUGAUUUCAUCUGGAUGAAGUUUCUCAGGAGUAGAAUAGAGCCUCUGUAAAUGGUCAUUAGUAUUACAUUCUGUGUUUAUCUAAUGAAAGUGCAGUGACAAGUAGCUGCUUCUUAUUAAAAUGAAAAUCCUGCAUUAUGUACUUGAGGAACAUUCCAGCUAAUGAGGAUGUAAUGUCCUCAGUACAACCCAGACCUUCUUUCUGUGUUCGCCACCACAAGAUGCUGGAAACCUGACAAAUGAUAUCAUUUAAGACACAUGCCUGCCUUAGGGACCUGUUUUUUGGCUUCCUGUUUCUGGCUUUUAUUUGGGUAACAUUUAUAAUGGCCACCCGACUUGUACCUGGGUAAUGUUUUAACCCCUUCCCCGAGCUCUCAAUUAACAUGAAUUUACUGCAGUCAGGGUUUCCUUUAAAUUGGGGUGGGGGUGCUAAGCACUGAAGAUAUUUUUCUUGAUUACUUUACCAUAUGGACACAUGGGAUAAAUACUGUAUUUCAGAUUCAUAUAAAAAUAGAUGAGUAAUGCACAGCUUUCAGAACAAAAACAAUGAAAAAAAAGACCAAAUACUAGCAACUUUGGACAAUAAUCUCCUAGGUGUUAAACAAGUUUUCUGAAUGCAGUCUGGAUGCAGAAUGGCCUGAUUUGAUGAAUUCAUAAUUUUCUUCUCCAUACUUUCUACUCUCUUGUUAAAGAUUUUAUUAUUAAAUACAAGAAUGAUCUGUGUAAACUUUGUGGGCUAUUUUGUGGAAAGUUAGUUGUUCAGUAACUAAUUUCCCAGUUAUGGCCCAAAAUUAAAUGUUUAUGAUCGUAUUUCAGAAGUCAGAAUGCAAAACUGGAUUACCAAUACAGUUGGUGUGGUCACUUUAAACUUUAUUUUCAUUUUUUUUCUAUUUUUAAUUUUUGUGGGUACAUAGUGUAUAUAUUUAUGGGGUACGUGAGAUGUUUUAAAACAGGCGUGCAAUGUGAAAUAAAUACGCACACCAUGGAGAAUAUGGUGUCUGCCUCCUCAAGCAUUCCUCCAUUGAGUUGCAAACAAUCCAGUUACACUCAGCUGUUUAAAAAUGUACAGUUAUUACUGUUAUAGUCACCCUGUUUUACUAUCAAAUAGUAGGUCUUACUCUAUUUUUUUUUUCAUUUUAAACUUUGAAUUUUAUUUUUCCUAGGCUUAUAGCAUCAUACUAUCCCUCUCAUAAAAGGAAGAACGUUUGCCAUGAGACCCUUACUGCUGUUACCAUGAACAAACUUUGGAACAUUGGCAAAAAAAAAAAAAAAAAAAA